CUCAUCCAUCCAUCUCUCUCUCUCUCUCUCUCUCUCUCUCUCUCUCUCUCUAUAUCAACCAUGGCUUCAACCCUCCCCUUCAUGCUCCUGCUCCUCCUCCUCGUCCCCGCCUUCGCCGGCGCAUUCAACAUCACCACGAUCCUCUCGCAAUUCCCCGACUUCUCGGCCCUCAAUAACCUCCUCUCGCGGACCGGCCUCGCCGCGGAGAUCAACCGCCGUGACACCCUCACGGUGCUCGCGGCCGACAACGCGGCGGUCUCCGCGGCCGCGGGCCGGCCGCUGGACCUCAUCAAGAAGGUCCUCAGCCUCCACGUCGUCCUCGACUACUACGACGAUGCGAAGCUGCGCAAGAUGACGAACCGCACCGCCGCCCUCCCCACCCUCUUCCAGGCCUCCGGCCUGGCGUCGGGCCUCGCCGGCUUCUUGAACGUGACCGACAUGCCCAACGGCGACGUCGCCUUCGGCUCCGCCGUGCCCGGCGCCCCCCUCUCCUCCAAGUUUGUGAAGGUGCUCGUCACGCACCCCUACAGCAUCUCCGUGCUCCAGCUGAGCAGCGUCAUAGUCCCCCCGGGGGUCUCCGCCGGGACCAAUAACACGCAAAGCGCGCCGACUCCCUCACCGAACGCCGCCCCCGUGCCGGCCCCUGCGCCGUCGAGGCCGAAGCCGAGGGCGCCUACGAUGCCGCCGACGCCGGCGCCCGUGAGCGGGGGACCGAUACCGUCGCCGAUCGGGAGCCCCCCGAUUCCGAAGGCGCCGAUCGCUUCACCUCCCGCGCCGGUCGCUUACCGCGUCUCUCCGGCGAAUGCGCCCGGCCCGGUUGCAGGGGGCGAUGCGGCGGCGAUGACGACGCGUGAGGUGGCCGGGAGAAUUGGCAUUGUGGUGGCCUUUGUUGCUGCGCUUGGUGGUGUUCUCUGAUUGAAUUUAUUUAUUAGUAAUUAGUGUGUGUGUUUUUUUUUUUUUUUAAAUAAUUUAGGGGAUUUAAUUAUGUGUUCCCAAGCUAUAAAUCUCCAUUUGGGUUCACGUACGUACGUAGGAGGUGUUUAGAAGCUUAUGUAUAAGCAUGCAUGCAAACUUGAUUGGUUGCAUGGAGUUGAAUAUUUGUCUCUUGUGAAAAGAGAUCAAUAAGACAAGU